CCGCUUGAGUCUCGACUCUAAUUAAAGUAAUCCCCACACUAGCCCUGGCUUCCCACUGAUCCGUCAGCGCUAACCCGAAUGGGGUGUGCAGCUCGUCCGCCAUUGUUUGGCCUGCAAUCCAUCAAACACCAAAUCAUGCCUGUAAUAACUCUCGUCGCAAGCCGAACGCUGACAAGCAUGAAUCCUCCAGGCAGAAAGAAUCAUACGGGCUCAGUCAUCAUGGACACCAUCUGCCCCCAAAAAAAGGCAUAAAAGCCGCCAGAACACCACCAUAUCAAGAACCCAUCAAGCAGCCAUUUUCCCAAUUACAACACACCAUUGAGCUCUCUCCCAGAAAAUGCGCUUCCACUCUCCUCUGCUCAUAGUCACCUCGGUGAUAGCUCAAGCCUUCGCAGCCUGCGAGCCUGAGAUCCCCUUCCCUCCGCCGCAAUACACCGCGGAGUCUCUGACUCGCACCGUCGACCAGAUCGAUGCAGCGAUCAGUGCCCUUGCAGCAAGCGGGCGGUUCAACAACACGGCUGUCUCCGUGGAGGUUGCGUCAAGGGAGCAAGCUCUGUACUCAUUCCACAGGUCUGGGUUGGCCACCGCGGAGACAGUGAACGGGUCCUCGGCGUACCGCAUCGCUAGCAAUACCAAAUUGUUCACCGCGUUAGGGAUCCUCCAGGCAGAGGCGGCGGGGAAGCUGAGUCUGGAUGACCGCAUCACUAAGUUCAUUUCCGGCUUGAGCGGGGAUGCGUCGAGUCGGAUCGCGUGGGAAGACAUCACGCUUCGGACGCUGAUGUCGCAUAUGAGCGGAAUUCCGGACAAUUAUGCUGAAGAUGAUUUGAUCUUGUCUCUUUCGGAUCCGACGGUGCUGGGACUACCCCCUAUCGUUGCGGACAAGGCGGCACUGCCUGCGUGCGAGGGUUUCUCGAACUACACGCAACCAUGCUCGAAGAAAGACCUCCUGCAAUAUCUGCAAGAUGCACAGCCAGUUUUUCCAGCGAAAGUCGAACCCUCAUACAGCAAUGUCGGAUUUGAUCUCUUGGGUCAGGUGCUGGCUAAUAUCAGCAACACCACCUACGAGCAAUACAUCGAUUCCACGAUCAUUAGACCUUUGAACCUCACAGGAACAUCAUUCACUCCGCCUGCAGCGAACGGUGUCCUGGUGGACGACAGUUACUGGGGCGUAGACCUCGGAGUCGGGAAUCCAUCCGGCGGACUAUACAGCACCCCAGCCGACAUGAUCACCUUCCUUCGCUUCGCACUCGCGAACCACAACACUUUGACUCCGGCUCUCAACUGGUUCCAGCCUGCAGCCUACUCCUCAGGCGCCCACUCUUAUCUGGGGUACCCUUGGGAGAUCUUCCGCUCGCCAGCCAUACUACCCAAUAGCACCAGAACUGUCACCAUCAACACCAAAGGCGGUGGCCUGGCCGGCUACUACACCUAUAGCUUCGUGAUUCCAGGGUACGAUAUUGUGGUCUUCAUGGCGGCUGCAGGAGACCUGACCGUGUUGAACGAGCUUCUCGACGUGGUAGUGGACCCGGUCAUCGUUGGCGCAGAGGAAGUGGCUCAGAUGAGCCUCAACACCACCUACGCGGGAACGUACCUUGCACCCGUCCACACCGGGCUUAAAUCUUCUGUGACGAUCAGCCACUCCAUGCAGAAGUCACUGUACGUGGCCUCCUGGACGUCUAACUCUACCGAUGUGCUGGGCGCCCUCAUCCCCUUGGUGGCUGCGCAAGCUGGCACGGGAGAGAACCUCGACCUCGAGCUUAUACCGACGUUCGAGAUCCGGGCCGAUGCGGAUGGUCGCGUAGGCGAGGUAUGGCGUUUCAUCAACGUUAUGGAAGGGAACGGCGGCGACACGGAAACGCAGGGCAAUGCCACGUCCAUCUGGGCGGACUAUUGCGUAUCCAACAUAGACCCGCUGAGCUACGCGGGGACGGCAUUGAACGAAGCAGUAUUCUGGAAGAAGAACGAGACGUCCCCAGUGACGCAGAUCGAGCUUUCUGCUUUCCGGGUGGUAUUGGAGCGGGACAGCCUGUCAUCGCCAUCCAACUGUUAG